AUUGCUUGAGCAUUUUAAACUACAUAUCGUGCUGUGCGUAGUGUUGUUUGCGUCACUAGAAGUAAGCUGUGAGUCCAGGCUGUACUUUGGUGGCGUUUUCCUACGGAACUAUUUCGUUAGCGGUGGUCACUGAGAAAGUUGCGGACGGACCGCAGGACGCCGUCGGUUGAGCAGCCCUCGCUGGUGUCUCCGAACGUUUGUGUGGUGCCUGUCAGCUUCAAUAGUGCCCGAGAAAGCUGUGCCAAGUGCUUGAUGCCGUCGUAUGUGUCUCCUGAAGCCUGGUUCUGGGCGUUAUCGGAUACCUAAUCGCAGGACAGAGGCAGCCCAGCUCGGGGCCACAGUCGCGGCAGCAGCGGGGCGGUGGCAUGGCUGCAGCCACCGCGGACGGAGGUGCAGCAGGCAUCCGGCUGAGUGGCCACACGCUGGACAAGGCCACCAAGGCCAAGGUGCACCUGGAGAACUACUACUCCAACCUGGUCACCCAGCACCUGGAGCGCAAGGGCCGCCAUGAGCGCCUCGAGGAGACCAUGCGCGAGGAAGGGCUUUCCGAGGAGCAGAAAAAAGAGAAGCGGAUGCAGCACUCGCUGAAGGAGACAGAGUUCCUGCGGCUGAAGCGUUCACGACUAGGCGUAGAAGAUUUUGAGCCACUUAAGGUGAUUGGCCGAGGAGCCUUUGGCGAGGUCCGGCUGGUCCAAAAGCGCGACACAGGCCACGUCUAUGCCAUGAAAAUCCUUCGCAAGGCUGACAUGCUCGAGAAGGAACAGGUGGCACAUGUUCGUGCUGAGCGUGAUGUGUUGGUGGAGGCUGACCACCAAUGGGUGGUGAAGAUGUACUACAGUUUCCAAGACGCCAUCAACCUGUACCUCAUCAUGGAGUUUCUUCCUGGCGGGGACAUGAUGACACUGCUGAUGAAGAAGGACACCCUGUCGGAAGAGUGCACCCAGUUCUACAUAGCAGAGACGGCACUGGCCAUCGACUCCAUCCACAAGUUGGGCUUCAUCCACCGCGACAUCAAGCCUGACAACCUGCUGCUGGACGCAAGGGGGCACAUAAAGCUUUCGGACUUUGGCCUGUGUACGGGUUUGAAGAAGUCCCACCGGACAGAAUUCUACAGGGAUCUUUCGCAGGCUAAGCCGUCAGAUUUCACAUCAAACCCGAUGGACUCCAAACGGCGAGCUGAGAGUUGGAAGAAGAACCGACGGCAACUGGCAUACUCCACAGUGGGCACCCCUGACUACAUUGCACCUGAGGUGUUCCUGCAGACGGGCUACAGCAGCUCCUGCGAUUGGUGGUCCCUAGGCGUCAUCAUGUACGAGAUGCUCAUAGGCUACCCACCCUUCUGCUCCGAGACCCCCCAGGAGACGUACCGCAAGGUGAUGUCGUGGCGCGAGACGCUGGUGUUCCCGGCUGAGGUGCCGAUCUCGGAGGAUGCGCGGGCCCUCAUCCAGGGCUUCUGCUCGGAGGCUGAGCGCCGCGUAGGUGCCCACAGUGGCUUGGCGCAGAUCCAGGCGCAGGCCUUCUUCCGUGGCGUUGACUGGGAGCACAUCCGCGAGCGACCCGCAGCCAUCCCCAUGGAGGUCAAGAGCAUCGAUGACACCUCCAACUUCGACGAGUUCCCUGACGUUGACCUCAAGAUCCCCUGUGCCCCUCCUGUGACGCCGAGCAAGGAGCACGCAGAGGCUGGCUACAAGGACUGGGUCUUCAUCAACUACACCUUCAAGCGCUUCGAAGGGCUCACGCAGCGUGGUGUCAAGCCUCCAAAGAAGUGCUGACUGGCAUGGCUGCACGACGACAGAUUAAGCAAAGUGCGCACGGACACUCGGCGCCCAGUGCGACAACUCGUGGACUCUGUGGCGUGCAAGUUUCUACGGCUUGUGCGUCACGGCUGCAUCGUUUUUCUCGAUGCUGGUGAUACCCUUUGCCCGAUCCUUCUACCCCGGAGGACUAGUUUGAUGGGACGUGGACUGUGUGUGUGCGUGGGUGUGUGCCAUGUGUGCGUGCACUUCCUGUGAGAAGGCGUCGGUCAGCGUGACAUGGGGCAUGUUUGUGCAAGUGGUUGUGUACGUGUGUGUCCAGUCUGGGAAGGUGGUUGGUGUUAAGAGACUUCCGAAGACGUGUGGGGAGAUAGGCUGCAGGUUGUCUGCUGCACUGGCACGGCCCGAUGUUGCAGGUUUCAAUAGCUGAUUUGAGGCACAAGUAAGCAAGGCUAAGUAGAAGGGAAUGCAUAGUGGUAACAUUAGACAGAGUGACGACAAAUCUUGAACUCUGAAUAGGAAAGGGCUGAGAUAGGAUGCAGUGAGUCAUUGUAGGGCCAUUCUGCAUUCUGGCAUGGGUACAGAUGUGGCAGAAGUACACGAUCUCCUGACUUGGCUAGAAUGCAGAACACGCGCUUGUGCAUUCGUCUUCAUUUUGAACAUUGCUAGGGGCAGUGUUGUGGAUGCUAGUAGUAAGUGCCAGCGGUUUCUGGAGUGAGCUGUUAGUGUUACCAGUGGUUCAUUUCUGUUCACUUCUGCAUAUGCCCUGCUGUUGUAGUAAUAAGCAAGCAGUAGCAGGUCAGCAGUGCAAGACAGCUGCUGGACCUGUGGAUUUCACCAAUUUUACCUGGCAGGCGUUCCAUGCGUGCACUGCCAAAGCGCACAUGCUGUGCCCAUUAUGAAGUGCAAUAAGCUGUCAUGGUAAGUGCUAACGGUUACAACAGCCUCGUGAUUGGAGCAGACCGAUUGGAAUUUGUGGCUUUCCACUUGCUCAGUUGGAGAGCAGUUGCUUGCAGGACAGUGUACUCGGAUAAUGUGGAAUGUAAGGUGGCGACGAACUUCAGCUCAGCAUUAGGGUCACAUUUUUUGCCGAGUGCUUUGUUGUAGUCUGCUGCCAACCUUUAUUCAAUAGCAAAGAUUGCAAAUUGUCAGUGGUGGUGACAGUAUCAUCACAGUAGCAGCAUGUCUUGCCAUCUCUCAGCUUUCCUUUUUCAGCCGAGACACUCACCGGUGCUGUCAGGUAUUUGUCAGGUAUUGUCACUGUCAGCUAGCAUUUGUCCUUCGAGUUGAAUUAGUAACCAGCCACUAGUGAGGCAACAGAUUCUUGCACCAUAUUUUGUGUACAAGUGCAAUUUAGUCCAAAGUGGGAUUCAGUCACCUGCAUCAGCUUAGCUAAGGGCACUCAAUGGCUUUCCAGGUGUUAGCAAGAGGGGAGAAAACUAGCAGUUAUGUUGAAGAGGUUAUUCACUAAAACAAUUUGUGUAGCUCCAAUGGCACUUGGCCUGAUUUUGUGAAGUGGUAUGGAAGCUUGCAAGUGUUCGGGAAAGACAUAGCUGGUUAGAUUCAGCAUUGCUUAUUAUGCAUUGUGCCUACCCAAAAUAAUAUCCAUUGUACACUCUUGCAUUUUUCAAAUUGCGACAAAAGUACACAUAAUUUUGUGCACCUUGCUAAGCUGCCCACAGCUAGUGUUUCAUCCAAAGGGCCAUUAUCAUUACAAGUGAUGGGGGCUCCUUUGCUAUGUAGUCAUUGCAGUUUUUGUCAAAGUUUUUGUAUGGCUGCUUAUUGGUUGCGCAGGAUACGCGUAAGCAGUGGCAAGUGGCAGUCAGUCUGCACUUGGCUUUUUCUGCCAUUGGCACAGUGCUUUUGUGGUCAGGGCUCUCUCUGCUGGUGAACUGGUUUCCAGAGUGAACUUGGGAAGAGUACUUUAAACCUACAUAUUUCACAAGCAGAGGCCCAAAUCUGUAGUUUGAGAAACCUGCUUUUCGCAGCUUCAAUUGCAAAGGCAUCAAGGCUCGUAGUAAUUGCAUGCAUUGUGGCAUUUAUUUCUCAUGGCAUUGCAAGUGACGUUUUGCCUUCCAAAAUUUUACACAUCAUAGGCAUGUAGUUUUCUUUUUUCACUUUGUUGAAACGCAAGUGAAAUUACAUUGCAGGUUUGUGCCCAUUGUGUUGUUAUCAUGCAGCUUUUUAUUGCAACAGAUGUUGUUUAAAACACAUUGUCAAACUGUCCAACUUCGGCCUUUAUCAGGCAUUUCUAAACAUUCUUUCUUGCUCACUGACAGCUCUACUUGGUGAGUUUUGCUGUGAUUUCAAAUGCAAAGUAUGGGGCAUGUUCUAAAGCGUAAUGACUCAUCAUAUCUUGCAGCACUGCGCCCCAUUUCAUACUUGGCAAGCAAUUCUGUGGAAGCAAUGCAAGUGCUGCACUCGUCUCAGUCUGCCACUCCGGACAUAUUCUGAUGAACUGGUUUUGGUCAGCGAGGCCUCCCAUGAACUUUCCUCACAUAAAUAUCAUAAAUAGAGAUACUCCAAUUGUGUCUAAUGUAAAUGUAUAUUGUUUUGCUUCCAGUAUGCGCUUCCAAUGCAGGCAGUGCGCCCAGGUGAACUCACAGCAAGUGCUGUUGCACAAACGUAUCACUGCACGCAUUUCAUAGUGGAUAGGGCAGGAUUAUGUAAUAACUUUAAUUCUGGCUCUUUUCCUUCUGUCGCUUCUUCAGUUUUAUUGCUGGAUUGGUUAAUUGUGAGUCGUGGAUGAUGAGCAAGGAAUAGAAUUGAGCUAAAAAAGAAUCCUUACAUUACAGCUGCCUAAGUUUAGAUAGAGUACUGCAUUUUCCACCUAAAAGUAUAUCCAUGUAUUAAAACUGCAACAAAUCACAGUAAUGUUGAAUCAGGUUUCGUAUCGAUUCAUAUGUUCUGCUUGCCAUAUUUAGUGCACUAGCUUUUGUUGCGAGCGGUGGGGGUGUGAAAGGUUGUCCUAACUUCCACAGUAAUGCAUACAUAGUGUGAAAUGGACUACUAUAUGCAAUACUUCUGCACCAACAAAGGAAAAAGUCAAAAAGCCAAAACUUGUGCAGGUUGUUCUUGUAAGGUGUUUCAACCAGCUAUUUCUUGCCUGUGCUCUGGAACUUGUAGCGAGUCUUAAACUGCUUCCUCACGAGCUCUGCAAAAUAUAGAGACAAGGUUGUCUGGAUUCUUAUUAAACAAGGGAAAGCUUAGCAUGGUUGCAUUCCUUAUUUGGCAGCCUUGGAGCAAUGUAGUAGAUUUAUGAGCAACUGCACUUAGUCACAUCAGCCAUUUGGUCACAGUGUUGUUGUUAGAGAUAUUUUACUGGGUAUUUCUUUCAAACUUUUAAGCAAGCUGGCAGGGUAAUCAGUGAACUUGGCUGUUGUUUUGUCAAGUCUUGAAAUAUUGUCUUGUUCUGUGUUUUCUUUAUAGGCCUGCUACAUUCACAGUUUAAGGUAUUCAUGCUGGAAGUGGGCAUAUUGGCUUGUACUUUUAGCUCUGCUUACCUGCAGCACAUUCCUGGCAUCCAUCUCCCACUUAACUGCUCCCUAGAAGACUAGUAGCCAUUAGCCUUUGCAAAAGAUAGAUUCUGCCUAGCAUUGAGGAGCUGCUUUUUGUAUCGAGGCUCAUAGUCAAAAGAAAAAGAAAAGUACUACUAGACUGUCUUAUAGGCAUGUGAACAUGAUCACUCAUGUGCGCAGUGCAUGUGUGCAAGCUUACAGCAUGAUUGAGAGCUUUGUUAAUUUAUCAGUGUAGAGAAAAAAAAAAAAUUUUAUGCCAUACUGGCUGUGUGAACAGAAAUGGGUAAUAGGCCUAGGCUUGUAAAAGUGCCCCGAGAAGGCUUUUGUGGCAGUAUCAACACCUUAACAAAGCUGCUGCCUUGAGUCUCAGUGAAUGGCAAGUGGUCCAAUAUCUGAUAAUGCAAGUUUCCUCGAUUGCCGUAAUGUUCCGUUGACAAUUGAACGGCAGUUGUGUAGUAAUCAAUUGUGUCAUCCUUCUGAAUGCUGUUAGCUGUUCAGAGAGUGCAGAAUGCCUGUUGCUGCCGUUCGCUGCUGUGAAGCGGGGGGGGGGGUCUCGUUAGAGCUGCUUGCUGGAAAUGUACUGAAUGCUGCAGAAGUAAGAGUACACAGGUACACACGGCUCUGGCUAAGCCAUUGCCUUGUUUGAGAUCAAAAUGGGAACAGAGGUGUGCUAUUUCAUGGUGAAUGCAACGCCAUAAUUGGAUUCACUAUGUAUCUGCUUCAUCCAGAAUAAAUUGAAAGUGUGCACUUAUUUACAGUGGCUGCAGGCCAAAAAAUAAAUAGAAAGGCAGGCUUUUGCAGAAAUCUUGCUCUGUAACACCAAAGUAUGGCAUGCUCUGUAUUUCACCCUGCCAACAGGACACGACUACUCCAUUGCAGGGAAAAUGUUUUGAAUAUGGUCACUGCAGGUGACACUUGCAAUUUAUUAUGGAGAAAGAAGGCAAGUAAGGCACCAAAGCUGGCAUUAAACUGUAUACACUACAAAAUCCUACUUUUUUGCGAAAUUGGGUCACAAAAAAGAGAGCAGUUUAGGCAAGAGGAGUUGUGUAUACCUGGUCCAUCUCAUUUAUACGGCACUCAGUCCAUUUCAGGGUGCAUUUAAUAGACAGGUCUUGAAGUUCCCAGGUUUGGGCCAAGGAAGAUUGGCGGUUGGCAGCUGUUUUGAAUUCUGAUGCCCUGGCCAUUGUCGAAUAUUCCUCCGCUUAACCAAAGUUUUGAAGUGUUGAAAGACUGCCGCUCUACCUGUAAGAGAACUGUACAUAUGUUCUUGUUCUUCCUUUUUUUUUCCUUUCUUGUCUCUCGGCUGCAAUGCUUGGUGGUUGUGGUCGCCAUGUGUGUUUUUCUCUGUGGUGGAAUUAUUUAUUAAUUGCCCUCUCGUUGGCCACUUUUCUGAUUCACUCUUCGUUCUUUCCUUCCAGACGGUGUACUUGAAUUUGGCACAUUACGUUUAGGUAUGCCUUGCAGAUACGCGUAUAUUUUUGUUUGUUUCAGUUGUUUUUAAUAUGUUUAAUGCUGCUUCCUGCUGCACCCAGAUGUUCUUAGUGAACAAUGUUGCACACUACUGCUUAACCGGUUAGCUCGCUUCUGCCUGGUUUACUCUUAGAGCAUUUAAGAGGCAUGGAAAUUGAUGCCCAAUGUGCCUGUUGAGUUUGCAUUGCCAAUGAAGUUAAUCAUAACAUUAGCCAUUGUUACGGUUACUCAGCUGUCCAGCUGGAAGACUCGUGACUCCCAGCUAUCUGAAGCCACUGGUGAAAAUGCAGGAGUAUGCUCUUGUUGUAAGCAAAGAAAAGUUUCCUUAGAUUCUGCACAGUGAAGUCGUAAAACUAUAUAGCUGAGCAGGGUCCUGCUGGAUGUAGGGUUUUCGUACCCAUGUGUCUUAUCGUAUUUUAGAUUGCACAGCAUGCAGUACUUGCUGCAUUGUUCAUUGUGAACUUUAAGGUGCACUAGAUUGAACAGCGUUGGGUGUCUGAGUGUGUAAAUGUUUCCUUUGGCUGUGCCGAGUUGUGCGAGUUUUAGCGCGUUCUAGCGUUCAAGUUGUUUCUCAUGGCUGAAAAGUUCAGCUGCACUGUUCUUUUUGGUGUUAAGAAUUUUGCAUAGCACAUAAAUUGUCUCCCUUGUUCCCCAUUUUUAAACUAUGAUAUGUAAAAUGUGUCUUUUGCUUCUCUCUUGUUCUUUAUUUCAGUCUGUAGCUCCUUGUACAGUACUCAACCCUCUAGGAGAUGUCUUUUUUUUUUUUUUCCUUGUGCUUUCUAUCAUCGAAACCACAAUUUUGUGCGACUGGUUUGCUGGAUACCAUGUUUUCCUGCAAGUCUCUGUUGCUUAGGUUGCAACUCUUUGGUUGCAAUUCUGUACUUUUCUUUCUAUGAUGUCAGUUGCCUUCUAAAUGACAAGUAUAGUUGAUUUUUAAAAGCCAUUAUAAUUGCAGCAUAGUGUUCCAAUCUAGGAUAAAAAAAAAAACAAUAAAGAAUCCUCAAAUGA